AUGUACAGACAGCCUGUACCAAUCACAUGGGAUAAAGGGCAAGGCAGUAGUGCGCCCUCGUCAAACGAGAGCAGCAAUGCCAACACGCAAAUACCCUUCGCAAAGCCAGUGGCCGAGUCGCCAUCAUGGCUAGACUGGUCGCGUCACCCCACGCUCCCUCAGGUCAUUGCUCUCAAGCAUCACUUUAUGCGAGCCCUUCCUAUUGAACUCGUGGAUAUCAUCCUCUCCCUUGCAAACUAUUGGCCUCAUGUAUCCGUUUCUUCCUCCGUCCCGCGGACUGUUAAAGGACAUAGCACCCACAUCUCGCCUCCUCCGAAUUCUAGAGCGUUUUUGGAUCCUCUUCUGCGGUCACCGCCGCUGGGACUAUCACCCGACAUCUCGCAGCCUUGGCUUCCCCCAAAGACAAAGCAUCCAGCCCGCAUGCUCAGUGUGGAAGUCACAGCCCGCCGAGGCACACCCGCCCAGCGAGUCCCUCAAUGUCCACUCUUCCUUCGACCUAGUCAUACUUGGCUUGAAAUCGGCGUUGUUGACCCCAGUAUCCCUCUUCCACAGCCGUGCUCGCUUUCCCCGUCAAAGGCCAAGCGGGAAGAACAGGUUUCCCCACUCCGCCCCGAAAAGCGUGAGGGAGGUGAAAACAGAGAAUUAAACUGGCCUUGCGGUGUGGCGUCUUUGGCUUGGCUCAAACAACAAGCAUCUCGCGUGUCAGGAUGCCUAACGCUGAAACUGUAUGUGAAUGAUAACCUCGAAGGCCAAUCUGCAAAGACAACGGCGAUCUACCGUUUCGACGAUGACAAGAAUUGUGCUCAUUCGGAUGAAUUAGGCUCGUCAUGGGACAGGUGGGCGCUGACCAGUGGAAAUCUAAGUGAGGUCCGAAGGCAGGAGUUCGCCAAAGUUAUGAAGGAUUUGGAUGUCGUGGACAGGAGGGAUAGAGCGGAGUUCGUGAGGGGCUUGCAGGUGGGAGAUGAAGUUGGUGUAUGGCCUAGAGUGACGAAUCAUGGCUGGAUCAAUGGGAGCGAGACUGGGAGCGAUACUGUGACAGUGAUUGAGGGAGUAAGGGUGACCGUAUUCUGGGAGGUUUGA